UUUUUUUUCUCGUGUCAAUCCGAUGGGCGUCCCCGAAACAUUCCCGCCUCUUCCCAAGGAGGAAUUGGCUAUGCAGCCAGCGACUGUUCGGUACGAAUACGACCCAUGGCUAUUGGAUGACCAUCCGCUCCGCUCGCAUCCAACCGAGUGCAUUCCCGGUCUGGGAACUUUUCUCAGCGAGUGGUGUGCGUCUUUUCAAUUUCGCUGGAAGGAGAUCCUGUUACGCACCGGAUAUUUUCUUUUAGCAUGCCUAGCUGCAUUCCAAUGUCUGAAUCUCUUCCACUCUCCAUCCACCGGUAAAGGCCUGCCUCGCCCACUGGUGACGUCUCGAAUCAAUUCUCGCGAAUGGCACGUGAGAUGCACAUACCCUCACUCGGAUCCCCGCUCCAACGCCCUUGCGCUAUCCGUCGCUGCAGGCUGCGACGGACUGCGAACGGGCGCUUGGCUGCACGAAAAGGAGCUGCAGAUGGGCCUAUCUAAUUUGGGCCCCAGCGCGAUCGAUUAUUUGCCGCUGCGUCUUGACUCGAUCAUUGCCAAAUUGGAGUCGGGUAGUAGUCCACGCAGUUCCCAGAUCUCCUUGAUUAAGAGUGCUGGCGGUUUAAACCAGAACGACCCUUUCCGCACCUUUAUGCUCGUCCUGGAUGCUGGAUCGGCCCUCCCUGAAGUCUUCCCUAAUCUCAUUUCACACCUGGAUAUCCUUCGCCAGCGGGGCUAUCUGAGCCACUGGGACGGUGCUGAAGUGGUGCAGCGGGCUGUUACGGUGGUUGUCACAGGCGAGCUUGGGUCUGAUCCGGAUUGCUCAGGUUCACCGUACUCGGACGUGUUCUGGUCAUCCGAGGAAGGAUUGAUCUUUGCGGAAGACCUUGCCAAUGGCCAGCUAUCUCCAAUCUGUGCCACAUGA